GAGACACUGAGUCGAGAACACGAGAGAACCUCACUUACCCUCAGCUACACCACAGCGGAGGAACGCUCAGAUCUCCUGCAGGAGGUGGAGGAGAAACGUUCUCUGAAGCUUGUUUGUGAAGUUGUACUGACGGUCUGCCAUGUUCCUGCUGGUUCCUGCUGUUCUUCUCCUGGUGGUACCAGGAUGCUGUGGACUGUGGACAGUGGACAGGCUGACGGUGAGGAGUGGCGGGUCCGUUACUGUCCCCUGCCACUAUAACAACAGGUUCCGAGCACAGGUGAAGUUCUGGUGCAGAGGGAGGAUGUGGCAGAUCUGUAUGCCAGUGAGACAGUCGGUAAAGGUCAACAUUACUGACAGUCCGGCCGAGCUGGUGACCACACUGACUCUGUCCGGCCUGCAUGUCAAAGACGCCGGACGCUACUGGUGCGCUAUGAAGCGUGGAGGAGUCCUGAAGGCGGAUCUCAGGACCUCGCUGGAGCUACAGGUGACAGAUGACACGCCGGACCUUUGGGUCAGCAGCAGCUCAGUGUCUGGCACAGUGGGCGGGAACGUGAGUGUGCAGUGUCACUAUAGCGACCGGCUGAAGGAGGAUGAGAAGAAGUGGUGCAGGAGUGGAAAUCUGCAUUCCUGCCAAUCACAGCAGGACAUACAGCCACCCCAGAAUGCAAAGCUGCAACUCAGGGACGAGGGUCAGGGCCUCUUCACCGUAACGCUGACCAACCUGCAGAUGGACGAUGCUGGUUGGUUCUGGUGUAUGAUUGGAGGAAUUCAAGCUCCGGUCCACGUCACCGUCACUGCAGCGUCCACCACACAGAACGACAAAGAGUCUCCUCAGUCAACAACUGCAGCAACAUCAGCACAGUUACCAUCCACACUGUCAACACCACCACCACUCAGCUCCACCCACCAACCAGCAGUACCUUCAGCUGUGACUGAACACUCACCUGACUGCACGUCCACCACCUCCUCGACGUCCACCACCUCUUCACCGUCCACCACCUCCUUGAUGUCCACCACCUUCUCAACGUCCACCACCUUAUCGACAACCACCACCUCCUCAAUUUCCACCACCUCCUCGACAUCCACUACCUUCUCAACGUCCACCACCUCCUCCACGCCGAAAGCUCUGUCCGGUGGUCCAUUAGCUGUGCCCAAACGCAAAGAAGCUACUUUACCACCUACAGGAAAAAGACAGUAUGUGUAUCUGAUGGUCACUGGGGGGAUUUUACUAACAGUGGCUAUAGUGGUCACUGUGAUCUGGAGGAGACAGACACAGAGGCGUGUGAAUCACAUUAUGUUGGAGGGGAUGGAGCCAGAGGAGCUCACGGUGAAGGAUGAUGUUGAUCUGCUGGACCAUGAAUGGACAAACAGGACUGUUCUGAAACUGGAGGAGGAGAAGGACACUGUAGCAGAGCUUUAACGGCACAGACUCUCAGAAAUACUGCAGUUUAACAAACACAGUUCUCAACGUUUUCAUAUUUAUAAUGUCGUAUUUCAGCUGAUGAAUUAUGAUCUACUGGAUGUGAAACAGACUGUAAUCCAGUGCAGGUCACAUGGAAUAACGAACCCUCUGAUGGUGACCUGCAGUGGGUUCUGGGUAAUUUUAUAACUUGUUAUUUUCAGAAGCUCCGGCAUGUUUUACUGAACCCAUGUCAGCACUCGUGAUGGAGUGUAAGUGAUCGCUGGAGUGCGAGUGUAUGUGUGUGUGUGUGUGUAUGAGUGAGCAUGAGUGUGUUUGUAUGUGUGUGUGUGUGUGUGUGUGUGUGUGUGUGUGUGUGUAAUGGUGUCAGGUGGUCUGAAUGAAGCCUGAACCAGUUCCAGAUUCCAGAUCACUUCAGGAAUGCGGGGCAGUAAUGGUGGCCUUUGGCCCACCUGGCUAACAGCCUUUCCCCCCUGGCUAACAACCCUUAGCUCAGCUGGCCAACAGGCUUCAAUGCUUAAACGCACAGAUUAACGCAGCCUAAAAUAUCAUAUAAUCAUAGUCAGAGUACUGGUCUGAUGUCAGACCCGUCACUGCUGUCAUAUUGCCGCCGGUCGGCAGUCAGAUGAAGUGACAGCUAACAGUAGCUCAGUGACCGCAGCUCUCACAGAGACACUGUUCGUUUACUGUCACAUUAGUCAACAAAGUAUUCAGAUCUCAUCCAAAUCAAGCCUUCCAACUCCACAAUAUAAACUUCUCAGGAAAAGGAAAAAUAUUCUUCAUAUGUAAUUUUGUAUUAACUAAUAAAUACUAACAAUGAACCAUGUA